AUGGCGUGGCCAAUCAUAUUUGUUUUUCCACCACCAGCUUCUGUGUUCAUCACAGCCAUGUCAGCAAUCAGCUUCACCUUGGCCAGUGCAGGAAUAUCAGAGAUGAGAGGUAAGAACAUGCAGUAUUCCAAGUUCUGGAAGAAUAGCAAUCAACCCGAUUCUCAAAAAUCCAAGCAAAUUUACAUAUCUGGUAGAAGAGGCAUGCAAAUUGCGUAUACUCCCGCAUUUCUUGCUAGUCUCACAUCCUUGGUGCUCUUUCCCCAUAACGACGGUAUCAGAUAUCUAUUGCUCUCCUCAGCUCUAACCAUUCAUUUCCUCAAACGACUUUUGGAGGUUCAAUUCGUUCACAAGUACAGUGGAGGGAUGGCCCUAGAUACUGCGAUUCCUAUCUCUCUCAGUUACUUCAUGUCUACGGCCACCAUGGUCUAUGCACAACACCUUACUAUAACCCAAGGGCUACCAGAGCCACCAAUUGAUUUGAAGUACCCUGGAAUUCUGUUGUUUCUAGUUGGGAUAUCUGGCAAUUUCUACCAUCACUACCUUCUUUCCCGAAUGAGAUCAUCAUCCUCUUCGUCUCCAUCAACCUCAAAAAGCAAUGAUGAUAAGGACUAUAAGAUUCCAAGGGGUGGAUUGUUUGAGCUUGUGGUAUGCCCUCACUAUCUCUUUGAAAUCAUAGGAUUUAUAGGGUUUGCUUUCAUUUCUCAGACCUUGUAUGCAUUUGCCUACAUGGCCGGAACAACAUUCUAUUUGACUGGUAGGAGCUAUGCUACUAGGAGAUGGUAUGUUUCGAAGUUUAAGCAUUUUCCCCACCAUGUCAAGGCUCUCAUUCCAUUUCUUUUAUAGAUGUAUGAACGUUUGUGUCAGUUUAAUGUUAGAAUUUUCAGGGCAAUACUGUUUACUGUAACCGUGAUUUCAACAACUCAACUGUUUCCUUUUACAUU